UUUGUUCUGUGUAUGUACUAUUAUACUCUUUGAUGAACUCUAAAAUUAAUAUUGUACUUGAAUCUAGAUAUUAUAUUUAGAUAGGUACCUACUGUAAAGUGUAAACAAAAAGACUAAAGUACAAAAAUAAACGGUAAAUAUAAAUAAACAUUGAAGGCGACAAAAGAUAUUUUAACCAAAGUGAACUGAAAGAAAUUAGCAAUAAUUUUUAUCAUAUGAGAUUUAUAAUCUUUAAUAUAAUAAUAAUAUUUAUAAUCUGAGAAAUGGCAAAAUCAAGUGGCCUUAGAUUAAUUGCGACCAAAUUAGGACUUGGAGAAGAAGAGAAGGUGCUUAGGAAAGCAGAGGAAUUUGAGCGACUUUUAGAAGCCAGAUCAACAGCUGGGAAUAAUUUAAAUGAUACCAGCAAAGUAGUUAUCUGCCUCGACUUAGCUGCUUCUACCUUUAGCACUGAUUUGGAUCAAAAAACAGCUAUCAAGUAUUCAGGUUUGAAAGGACGAAGUUACAGUAGCAGCCGUAAAGUCAUAGAAAAUUUGCUUGGCCUUAAUGAUGAUAAUUUGACUUUAUCAACACUAUGUCUGACAUUACAAUGUACUGGAGCUAAAUCUCUUGCUGAGACUAUAUUACAGGAGUAUCAAAAGAAUUCCAAAAGGGAAGUGGAGCUUUCUCUACCACAGUAUGUCUGUAUGGCAGUGUAUCAUGCUUGCAGACUGAAGAAGAUUAAAGUUGGAAAGAGUAAAUUUAUAGAGAAGUCAAGGCUUAAGCCGGGGCAGUGGAGUAAGUUAGACACGGAGUGGACAAAGUUCGUCGAUGAAAGAUUUGCCUCUGAGUCAAGUAAAGGUCGACCGCAUACAGAUGUUGCUAUCACUGAUAACAUUACAACGGAUCUUGAUUCAAAUCCGAAAGAGAAACAGUCAGUUGAAACGAAAAAUGAGUCAUAUGAGGAUUGGAAACGUCGUAUGCUCGAAAAAGCUUAUAAAGAAUUGGAGCAACUUGAAAAAGCAAAAGAGAAUAAGGAGAGUUUAAAAGCUGAGGUGAAUUUAAAAUCGCCUAGAAGAACACCGAGGAAAUCACCAAGAAAAACCCCACAGAAGACUCCGCUAAAUUUUUCGCCAAGCAAAAGUCCAAAGAAGGGUGUGAGGCAUCUAUUUCCAACAGAACAAUGGAGUGAACUGAAUUCUUGAGUGUAAAGUGUUGGAACUGGCGAUACAAUGAUCUGAUGAUAAAAUACAUUGUGGCUGUUAUUAAUUAUAUGAUCAAUAUCAAGAUAUAAAAUUUGAUAAAAUAAUUAAAAGUUUUUUAAGGUGAAA